CCAGGCCAAGCCCGAGAAAUGUGGCAGGCGUGAGCACGUGAUUCCGACGCUAGUGCCUUUGACUUGGCUUGAUUCAACGACGACUCUUUACGACAAGAACUACAAUUGAAAGACCCACGGAACGUCUACAAAUCACACAAAAUGCCAAUCAAACCAAUCACCGGAGUAUGUAUACUUGUCUCUACCUUGACGAGUCUUCGCGAAUCCACUCGGGACUCGAAAGCUUUGGAAUUCAUGGGCUGACUUGUUUCUUCCAGAUGCUCCGACGGGGCCUUGUCCUUGACCUCAGUGUCGCUGGUGGUAAGUGAUAUUGAUUUUGAAAUUCUUUCUGUUAUGUUCGGGCGAUUUCGACCACAUAAAUCUCGGAGCCGAUUGGUGCGAAAGUGGGAGGAGGCAUGGUGGGGUGUCGGAAUCAGGCAUGAGGAUGGAAACGAACUUGGAAGCUCUGCGCAUAGAACAGUCAGCCAAAUCGCUGUUCAAACUUUUGAGAGCUGCUCUUGGAUACCCCUUCUUCCUUCGGCGAUUGUAUAUUUCAAGGAGCGCUGCGAGCUGCGGUAUUAGGCAAAUACGGAGAGCGAUGUUCUGCCAGGAUAAAGGCCAUAACUUGAGAUCUGGACAACGUCGCAUGGAACAUGUUAGUCGGGGAAAAGCUAAUCCGAAUUCGAAUAGGUCUCGGAACAGCCUUUGGAUACGCCUUUUGGUACGGAUACCACGUUCCAGCCGUCCGCAAACGCGAUGCUUUCUACGCAAAACUUGAGGACCAAAGAGCGGCAAACGCAUCAGCAUAGAGAUGAGUUGGGAAGUUAUGGAUAGGUGUGGGGAUCAGUGUUGCCGGAGUUGUCAUUAUUCGGGCGGAAGGGAUGGAUGCUGGAUGCGGGAGGAUCAAGCUGUACAUUACCACCAACACGUACGAUCCGGUUUCUCUGGCAAUGCAUAUGUUUUCGUUGAAAACAGCCAGUUUCGAUUGAGAAUAUCACAUUUUGAUCCAUUGAGUGCGUUAUUGGUUGGUUGAGGGUCAGUUCUGGUGGUAGUACUGCGCAAGCUGGUCAAAUUUCAACGCCAUCAUUUGAGAUGUUUCGAUUUGGAAACUGUAUAGAAAACAAGACACCAAUGUGUUCAUAUCUCACCGAUUUAGAGCAAUUUCACGG